UCUGAUAAAAUCGUAGGCUAGCAGACUCUUACCAACUGUGUGUACAUGGAUCGUCCAAUUCGAUUCAGCAACAACAGCAAGGACGACACAAGCCGACUGCAGGAGAAUCUCUUUUGCUUUCAAGUAAUUUCAGAGACUUUCAAAUACUUUCAGACACUUUCUGAUAUUCUCAAGCAGGUCUGCUGAGCAGAUUCAAGCCGUUAGAUGUUGGAAACUUGGACCAGUUUUGUUAGGCGCGCAUACUGAGCAUGAGUAUUAGGUCUGUCACGGUCACACAAUCUGAAAAUUUCGUCCUCCUCAAGUGGUCGACGACGAGUCUUUGAUAAAAAGUUGUCCUCGCGAGACCAGUUUUUUUGGUAAGUUUUGUUCAUUGUUGACAAUGCUUUUAUCUUUCAAAAGACAUGAAAAAAUAUUUUUAGUCCUGUAAAUUGUAGUUUUGAUGACUAGAUAAAUUGAGAGUGCUAAAGCGUUAUUAAUACUUCAUUAAAAUAUUCUUGAAAGCUUUAUGGCCAUUGCGGGGACAAUUAAUUGAAAAAGAAAUGAAAGAUACUAGUCUAUCAACCUUUGAAAAAUUACGAAUUGUCCUUUUUUUGUCUUGAAAAAGGACGUAAACAAGAGAAACUCCUUUUUAAUUCACUAUUUUUCUCUUGGCAAGAUCUGUAUUUUUCUCAUUGAUGUUCUUGUUGAUUUGUAGUAAAAACAUUAUUUGGUUGUUAAAAAUAAGCAUAGGUAAUCGUCAACAUCUAAGUUCUUUACUUAUGUUUGAAGUGUCUCCCUCUCUUAAGUAUUUGUCUGCUUCCCUUCCUUGUCUAUUUGUGCACCUAGCAGUGUUUUAAAAUCGUUCUUCCCUUGCUGAACUGAAGCUUGAAAUAACUUAUUUUAAUUUGUUUCUUUUCCCGGCUAAAGGAAAGGGAAGAAAGAUUUGGAAAUACUCUUGCUGGCAGGGUAGUAUUUUUAUUCGUUUGGUAUGGUUGCUGAAAUUAGUGUUGUUGUGCAGUUCAAUGUAGAUGCCAAAAAAGUUUUAGAUUAAGAGAAAUAAACAACUAAAAAUUGAAAUAUUGAACCUCCUGUACAACCAGGAAAAAAUAGGGAACCUCAAAUUUGGAGGAAAGGCAUUGAGCUGAAUUUAUAUCACUUAUGCGUUCAAUCAAAACAAUUGCUGUUACAAUCUAAGUGAUUAUACAUUGCAUCCUUUAUUCUUAUAGAUAAAAUGUCCACAUAUAUUUAAGGCGCAGCAUGACACUGCUAAAAGAGGUGGUAAAACAGUGUCACAGCAUGACAGUGCUAAAAGAGCAGCCUCACCAGCAUGUCCUUGGCUCUGAGGAAAGGGGGUUCAUCGUGAGACAAGCUCUCAAAAAAUCUGGUCAAUGAGGGAAUGAAAGUGACAAAGUGAUCAGAAAGAAAGAGGUUCACCAAACUAUAUGAAGACUUUUUAGAGAAAGAAAAGAAGGGGAAGAGAGACAGUGGAGUUGACGUGGAGUGUAAGGAGAAUCAGUAGCUAUUGAUGGAUUACCAUGAGCUGAUACUUGACUGGGAGAAGGAGAGGGAAGAGAAAGUGGAUGAUGAGAAGGCAACAGAAGAAAUGAGGAGAAAAGCCAUGGAGAGGUUGAGCGUGAAGAAGAAAAGAAAGGUCAAAGAGGCUGAGAGUGAUAAAGACGAGGCAGGGCCCUCCAGGAGAAAGUCUCAGAGAAGCCUGGUUAAGAUAAUGGUACAAAGUGUAACUAACUGCAGAGAGGAGAAGAAACAAGAUAUGGAGAUCAAGGAAAAUGAGCUCAAGCAACAAGAACAGUUUCAUGGCUUAAUGUUGCAGCAACAACAGCAAAUGCAGCAGAUGCAUUUGCAGCAGCAGCAACAACAACAAGUCAUGAAUUUGGCUAUGAUAAGCACACUGUCUGAAAUGCUAAAUACUGUAUGAAAUAUGGCCUCCCAGUAGCUAGAGAGUCACAGAACAGUUGCCAGUUUACAUCUGUAUUUCUCCACGUAUAUAUGUCUGUACAUGUAUGAAGUGAUCAUUGUUGUGCAAUGAAAGCCAACCAGAGCUGGCUUUUUAUGGAAAGAAUAGACAUAAUGAUGACAUGCUACAGGUCUUGGGGUAAGUGUCAAGUAAAAACAUUAAAAAAUAGACUUGCUCUGAAUGGCUGUCAGUUUGGGUUCAUAAAAAAUCCCUUCAAACAAGUACAGAUUUAAAUUGGGAAUUUACAAAGUCAUGGA